AUAACACAGCGUAGUCCUCAUGUAUUCGUUACGUAAUGUUUUUAACCUUGAAUGUGUUACGGUUUGCAGUAGCCAAGUGGACAAACAGAUACGAUUAUAACAAUUUCCCCCGGUUUUCAUGAUGAGCCUCUUCACUUGACAAUAUUUCAGGUAACCGGAUCACCAUGUCUAACAUACGCAUUGGUGUCUUGGGAGCAGGCGUGGUAGGUGUGACAACUGCUUUGGAACUACAAAAGGAAUAUCCUUCGGCUUCUCUAACUAUUAUUGCUGACAAAUUUGGUCAGGAAACUACAAGUGAUGGUGCUGCUGGCAUAUUUAGACCAGCCUCUAGUUUCUGUGGUCCUACUGAAGAUAUUAGCAGGCAGUGGAUCAAUGACUCCUACUACUACUACGAAGAUAUCAGAAAAUCAGCUGAAGCAGCACAUGCUGGUGUAAUCCAGAUGUCGGGGUACAUACUUUCAAGUAUCAACAAAGAUAUUGUUCAGAACCACUACCUGGAAAAACUUUUGCCUCUAUUCAGAAGAGCAACAGAAGAAGAACUCUCUUUGUACCCAGGAAACUGGAAAUAUGGAACCUUUUACACAACCCUUGUGACGGAGUGUCGAAAGUUCUUGCCUUGGGGAAUGCACAGGUUUGAGGAAGCUGGUGGACAAGUCAAAAACAAACUUCUGAGCAGCUUUAAUGAUGUUUCUGGUGACUUUGAUAUUGUUGUUAACUGCCUUGGUUUGGGAGCAAAAUAUUUGUGCUCUGAUCAUAAUAUGGUACCCAUCAGAGGCCAGGUUCUCAAGGUGAAUGCACCAUGGAUAAAAACUUUUCUCUAUGGUGAUUUUGAUACUUACAUAAUACCUGGUAUAGAGGCUGCAACCCUUGGGGGUUGUCGAAAUUACGACAGUUAUGAUUUGCGAGUGAACCGUCACGAUACAGCGUCUAUUUUAGAACGAUGCACUGCUCUUGUCCCAAGUCUCAAGAAAGCUUCUAUUAUCAGAGAAUGGGUUGGACUGAGACCACAUCGCAGUCCUGUUCGAGUGGAGGCUGAAAACAUAAAUGGCCUGAAGGUUGUUCAUAACUAUGGUCAUGGUGGUUAUGGAGUUACAUCAGCACCUGGAACAGCAAAGCAUGCAGUUCAGCUUGUGAAAGAAAUGCAUUCUGCACGCAGCAAAUUAUAAGGGCUUGUUAUUAAGAGGAGGAGAUGAUGUUCCUGAUCACAUUUACACCUAUUUGCCACUCCACAAGACAUUGACUGUAACACAUAACAUCUUAAUACUGUUUAGCUUAAGAAAAACUCAAAGUUUACAAUGUACAGAAAUAAAAAAGUUCUUAUGACGUGCUGUCUUUAUGUUGCUUUGAAUUUUUGACCACCUGUUACAUACAAAUAAAUAGCCUGGCUUGUACUCGUGGAAUUGAAAGUUAACAGAUGCAAAAGCAGUAUAGUUUUAGGAAACUGUUGUCAUUAAAUUUGAAAGCUGCUACUUCAUUAAAUUAAAAUUCAAGGGCAUGUAUGCUUUCAGUUGUAUUCCAUUAAGUUUCAUAUUUGAUUGAGAACUUGAGUAAAUGUUUGAAUGUCAUCGUUGUAAAGCAAUUCAUGUCUAGUUUUCUGCUAUAAGUGUAAUUUUGUGACAGUGCUUAAGUGUUUAAUUGCACCUAUGUUUUUGUAGCACAUUUUAAUGAUACUAUUUUAAUCUAAAAAGAUUGGUUUCACCGUUGUUUCUUUUAUGUCACAUUCCAUAGUAAUGUAAUUUUGUGUUCCUCAUUAGUGCGUAAUUUUGUCCUUUUUUUAAAACAAAAAUUUUGGGGAGGGAUUAGACUCCUGAAUCACACACUUACAUGGAGGUAUUAUACAAAAGUUAGUUGCUUGGAAAGCACACAUUCUGAAAAUUACGGAAAAAUAAAUCAUUUAAAAUUUUUUGCAAACUUUUGUUUAUGAUGUGUAAUUGUUAACAUAAUUUAUCUUGUCCAUAGUUUUCUUCAAGGGCAUUAUUCCACUCCUUUUCGAGUUUGGUCACCUUUUACUUUUCAUUUAAAUAGUUUGUUAGCCAAUUCUGGUGUAACAAUUACUAAUUACACCAUGUUGACUUCAUCCUUCUAAUUGACCUAUUCAAUCCAGUAUACAUUUCACCAGGUCAUGGCAAUACAUUGCUUCCCGAAAUGUGGGUAAUUAACAAAUUAAAGAUCAUUUUCACUAAAUUCCCUUUGAAAAAUGAAUGAAUUACUACCAGUUUGUUAAAAUGCAUAAUUGCCUUAGUUGAUACCCAAUUUAAUUCAUGUGAAGUGAAGACUCCUGUUUAAUUGGUGAUUUUGCUAAUUUCUACUCUUGAUUUGUAUUUCCUAUCAACAUAAUAGUAAUUUUUAUUUAUUUUGUUCCUUUCUGCACACUUUUGUUUACUUUUUAGGAACUGAAGCAGCAGCCUAACUAAUUAAAACAACUGUAACAUUUUCCAUGAAUGGAAGUAUGUGUGUCACUCAGUCUAUUAGACUCAGCCCAGAAUAUUACAGUUAACAAUCUUUCGCUGACAUAUGAUAGAACAGAAUCCAUUAUACUCGCUACUCUUGCUUGUGACAACUACUGUUUGCCCACACCAAAUGUAUUGUUUGUUUUUUAUGUUUUGUUUCUGUCUUCAUUCUUUAAUAUAAUUUUUAAAUUCAUUAAAAUUGUAUUUUUGUAGCUUAUAAUUGGCAUUCUAAUUACACUAACAACAUUCCAAGCUAGUACAGAAAUUCCAAAUUCAUUAUGACCAUUAGUCAAUUGUGUUCUGUCCCACAGAAAAUGGGAGAGCUUGUUAAAACAUUCAUUUGGUAUCCUACAAUGAGCUCUAAUACCUUGAUAGAGUAGCUACAUGGUACAGGUGUGCUACAUGACAGUGCAUCCCAGCCUGCCUGAUUUUGUUUUGAAGUUGUCGUCUUCAACCUUUGAAGCUGCUUCUCCAUAGGUCAGUGUGGAGACCUUUCAUUCAUCAGCCCUGUCACGUUGAAGAGCAUUUUCUCUGCUGCCACUGAAAAGCUCAUUGAAUCCACCUUAGCACUACUUUUCAGGGAUCCUAUAUUUUUUACUGAAGCACAUAAAAUCCUAACUUCGUCAGUAAAGGUCUUAUGUUGUGCUAUUGCUCAUUUCCCAUGACUUUAGUGAAGGUUAAACAUUUAGGAUUCAUGUCUAUUAUACUUAUGUAGGUUGUUAUAAGUAACCAAGAUACUUGUUUCUUUUUAAUUGAAAAAAAAAAACAACCGUUAAUAAACUAUGCUGACAAUCUGAUUAUAUAUAGCUUUUAAAAGCUGUGCGCAGUUGUAUAUUAGUAGUGGGCAUCAGAAAAUGCAUUAUGGAAGACUUUGUGGAUCUUCAUGAAAGAUUUUAUUGAGAUCAAUGAUGGUUUUAGGAAAAACACAGCCAGCACAUUUUACAGGCUAUUGUAAUUACAAUGUUAAUUCUGUAACUGAAGUUAUGUCCAAUUGUUAAUGAAUAACAUCUCAAACGGUGGUAUGAAAUGAGUAUUUGACUCAGCUCAGCAUUUAGAGGUGCAAAUAAAAUUUGUCUCAUCAUA